CUCACAGGGCAGAUAAUAAUAGCCUUGAUAGAGUAAUGGCAUCUAAAGGAAUGCGGCAUUUUUGCUUAAUUUCAGAACAAUUAGUUUUUUUUAGUCUUCUUGCAACAGCAAUUUUGGGUGCAGUAUCCUGGCAGCAAAACUAAGGAUAAUUUGAAGGAGUUAAGAUGUUCAACAGAGAACUUUUCAGCAACUAGGAAUAACUGGAAAUGAAAUGGAUUGUUUUUGUAAGUAAGUGAUACCUACCUACUUACCACCUAUAAUACUCAUCCUAUUGUUUUUCUUUUUCUUUUUAAAAAAUAUUUAUACUAUAUUAUUAAUUUUUAUUUUUAUAUCCUAUUAAUUUCUCAACUUAUCUCACCCCAUCACUCUCCAUAAAUCCAUCCCGUGUAAGAAAAAAAUUUAAAAGUUAGAGGGAAAUAAAGCAAAUAAAAAAUGUAAAAUAAUAUAAAGAAAACAAAUAAUAUGUAAUACAUAUUGUAAUGAAACAUAUAUCCCAUAAAUAAAUAUUAAAAUAACAAAAUUUAAAAAUAAAGCAAAACUAAGGAGCAUAUCAACAUGUUGGCAAUAUGUGCAUUAUUCCAUACCCAAAAUACCUCACAAUUGCAAUGCAUGGUGAAUAAACAGAUUUCCCCGUUCUCUGGAGACUGCUUCCUUUUAAAUUGUUUUCUGUUUACUUUGUUGUAGUCAUUGUAUAUAUUGUUUUCCUGGUUCUGCUUACUUUCCUCUGUAGCAGUCUUCCCGGGCUUCUCUGAAUUCUUCAUAUCAUAAUUUCUUUUAUUGAUGCAGCAAUAUAGUCAUAUACCACAGUUUGAUGUUCCUCAGUAAUUAGAGAGCUAUUAUGUUUAAAAGGCUGUUACUAUAGAAAGUGCUGCUAUGAGCAUUUUGAUAUUGAUGUCUCAUGUGUAUUUUUAGUUUGUGGUGGUAUGUGUGCUUUAAGCUUUUUCUAGUUUUCCCAUCAGUUCUUGUUAAAUAAAGAGCCUUUCUUUAAGUAAUUUGUGUUUUGUAGUUAAUCAGGUCAAUUCAUGAAUUUCUGAUUCUUAUUUUUAAUCUUUUCAAUGGUCUACUUAUUUUUUAACCAGUACCAAGUUAUUUUGGUGAUUAUUGGUGUGUAAUGUAAUUUGAGGUAUGCAAAUACUAUAUUCCCUUUCAAUCCUAUUUUUUCCUCUUGUUUCCUUAAAGAUUCUAGAUGUUUUGUUCCUCAAAAUAUAUUUUGUCAUCAUUUUAGCUAGCUUUUAUAAAGUACUCCCUUUGUAGUUGUGCCUGGAUAGCCAGUUGUUAGGGAUAUGAUAGAGGGGAUGCAUCAAGCAUAAAGGAGAUUGAAGUAAAUAAAACCUUUUUUAGUGCCAGGAUUUUAUAGACCCUAAAUUAGCAAUUCUUUUAAGUAAAUAUCAGUUUGACUUAUAAGAUUCUUGCUAACCAUUUUUGCAUAUGUAUAAGGAUUUAUUUCUGAAGAAAGACUACAAAGAUAAAUAUAGUUACAACCUUAAGAAGAAUUUCUAAAGAACUAACAUAUACACUGUCCAUAUUUGGACAACAGUUAUUACAGAUGUAAAGAUGGCUCAUUAUCUACUUUUUCACUCAUUAUAUGCCACUCCCUGAAACUUAGGCAUGUUCUAAAGAUUUAUAGUGGACUGACUAAACUGGAAGGCUAAUUCUAGAGGAAAACAUUCAGAGCCAACAAAUGGAAUAUUCUUGAGCAUGUUUCUUAUCGUUUUGCCACUGGAGUCCAUGGCUCAUGGACUCUUCCAUGAACUGGGUAAUUGUUUAGGAGGAACAUGUGUUGGAUAUGCUGUUGUGAUUCCCACCAACUUCUGCAGUCCUGAUGGUCAGCCAACACUUCUUCCACCAGAGCAUGUUCAGGAGCUAAACUUGAGGUCUACUGGCAUGCUCAAUGCCAUUCAACGAUUUUUUGCUUAUCACAUGAUUGAAACAUAUGGAUGUGACUACUCUACGAGUGGACUUUCUUUGGAUACUCUACAUUCCAAGCUUAAAGCUUUCCUUGAACUUCGGACUAUAGAUGGGCCCAGGCAUGAUACUUAUGUUUUGUAUUACAGUGGCCACACUCAUGGUACUGGAGAAUGGGCCCUGGCAGGUGGAGACACCUUACGCCUUGACACACUUUUGGAAUGGUGGAGAGAAAAGAAUGGGUCUUUCUGUUCCCGACUUAUUAUUGUACUCGACAGUGAGAACUCAAUACCCUGGGUUAAAGAAGUGAGAAAAAUUAAUGAUCAAUAUAUUGCAGUGCAGGGAGCAGAGAUGGCCAAGGUGGUGGACCUUGAAGAAGCCGACCCUGCUCAGCUCGGGGACUUUACAAGAGACUGGGUAGAAUACAACUGCAAUGCUAACAGUAACAUCAACUGGACUGAAAAGGGGCGAGCUGUGAAAGCCAUGUAUGGGGUAUCAAAACGAUGGAGUGACUACACUCUGCAUCUGCCAACGGGAAGCGAUGUUGCCAAGCACUGGAUGCUCUACUUUCCCCGUAUUACAUAUCCUCUGGUGCAUUUGGCAAACUGGCUGUGUGGCCUAAACCUUUUCUGGAUCUGCAAGGCUUGUUUUAGGUGCUUGAAGAGGUUAAAAAUGAGGUGGUUUCUUCCUGCUGUGCUGGACACAGGACAAGGCUUCAAACUUGUCAAAUCAUAAUUAGGAACCAAAGAUGGAACAUGACUGAAACACGACAUGUUUUACUAUCAAACAUAACUAACUUGCCACUUUUUAUAUGUAUUUUUUUUGUGUGUGAAAGAUAUCUUGCUACUUUAUAGUUGCACUGUUUUCUUAAGCAAUUGCAGUAUAUGCAAGGGGUUGGGAACCAUAUUAAUUUAAACUACAAAGUGUGUUUGGUGAAUAAUAUCCAUAACUGAAAUUCUCUGAAUAUGCAUAUGAUCUAUUAAAUAUGAUCAUGCAAUUUAAAGAAAGGUUGCAUGUUCAUAUGUAUUAGAGGGGAAAAAAUCUCCAAGACUGCUCUGAAAUGAUCAUUGAAGAACAUAAAUGCCUUACUUUCUAGGAAGAAACUAGAGCCCGGAAAACAGACUCACUUGGUUACUAUUAUGAAUCAGUUGGCAAUAAAAGAUCUCUUGCUCUGAAUAGUAUUAUUGACUGAGCUGAGACCAUUGGAAGGCUAUCAGGCCCUUUGUGAACAGGCUGGGAAAGAGUAAAGCUCCUUCCUAUAAUGAAUUUUAAGAUAUAAAUAUGCAAAGCAUGCAGGCUAGUGCCUUCCAUUGCCUUUGCUCUGACUAUUACAGGAUUAGAAAGACAGCAGAGAAUCCACAGUUAGUCAGAUUAGCUGCAAUCCAUGUAGGAACAACAACAGGCCAAAGGCUAAAUAGAAAAACUCCUUUUGCUUGCACUGUUGGUAGCACCUGAAUCAAAAGACUGGGCUAUUUUAUAGUCUUAUCUCAGGGUCAUUGAACAUUUUCUUAAUGAUGGAAAGUGUCAAAUAUGCACACCUUCCAAACAAACUCAGUCUCUUACUUUCAAGGAGUUGUUGAACUUCAGUCAAAACAUAUGAAGCAAAAAAAAAAAGACAUUCUAGCUUAUCAGUGCCCAUGCUCUUCCAUGAUAUUUUUCACCCAAUAAAAAAAUUAACAUUGUCUAGCUAAGGCUGGUAAGUUUUCUAUUGUUACACACAUGGUUUAUUAUGUAAAAGUGUUUUUUACCAUAACAAUGUUUUCUAUAUUUAAACUAUAGUCUUUGAUCAGUGUAUUCCUUGAGGGAUGGUUCGCUUCUACUCAUAAAUUCUCAAAUUUUAGAUUUCUCUCUUUGAGAAGUGAAUAGGAUUAAACUUGGGGGGUCUAUUAGUACUUCUCUAUUUAAGUUAGUGUAGCUCCUCAGAAUUAAGCUAUUUUUCCAAUUCAACAGAGACUUGGACCUCUACCUCUUUCUACCUGCUGAAAAUCGAGAAUUUAGUUACAAUUGGGUCAAAAAUAAGCACGUUAUCCAUAAUGCAUUGCUCCAGUUUACCAAUUCUGGCUUAUAUAAUAUAUACAACAGUGUAUUUUAACAUAUGUUGACAUUAAUUUUGGUAAUAAUUUAGUAAAAUAAUGUAAUCUGAAAGGCAAGAAUUUAAACUUUAUAGGCAUUAGAAGCCUAUAGUUCCAGAAUGUUAAAUGAGUCUCCUUUUUUUCUAAUUCCCUAGAAGGUGCUGCAUCAGCACAUUUAGCUUAAAUUUUUUUUUUCAUUUAGAGAGGAACAUAGCUACACCUAUUGUUUUCUCCAUCUGUACAAUAGUAUCAAGAAAGUGGUUCUGAAAAAAAAAUUGGAAAAGGCAAUGUUAAGGACUACAAAACUUUUUAAUUCUUUUUUGAUACAUGAUUCCUUUUAACCAUUUCUGAUAGGACAGGCAUUGUUUUUGGAGGAAAAAAAUGGAGCCAAAAAGGAACAUUGGAAAAAAAUGUGACUUGAGCUAUAUAUGAAUGCUAAAAUAUUCAUAAGGAUUGUAUUUUGAGACCUAGUUUCACCAAAGGAAAAAUGAAAAUGACUGAUAAAUCCAGUUAGCUCUCUGAAUUUGUGAAAGCUUCUCUGAGGUUGAUAUCUUAGAUGCCAGUGAGCUUUGCACAUGACACAUUUUAAAUGACAAUAACCAUAUUGGGAGUUUUAGGAAAAAUAGAAUGAUUUAUCUACUAAUUGGCAUUUUAUAUGGUUUAACUAUAAAGUAAUGAAACAUUCUCAUGUUUGUGUGGUAGGGAGUCUGGUGGAAUGGCUUUUAUGAGCCUCGGUCUCAUUAUUUGGUCAUACCACAUAUUUAGAAAGGAAUUUUUGGUAGUAAGAGGCAUGAAAUUGAAUCAUUUUUCAUAUUUACCCAAAAGUAAUAGGUGAUUUGGAUAUGUUUAUUCAAUAAAAAAUGAAUUUGGUUUCAUUCAUUUCCUCAAAGCAUAUGCCUUUCUAAAGCCAUAAAAUAAUAGUUUCUGCAGGCAAUUUCAAAAGGUGUAAAAUGUGAACAUACGAUAAAUAACAGGUAGAGUAUAAGUCUGUCCCCAUAUGUAAAAACAUGAGUUAUGUUUUAAUCAUUUAUGUGCAAUCAUUCUUUCAAAAAAAGUUGGGUUUUCCCCCGCUUAAGUCAAAAACUUUCCUCCAUGAAUUGCUUGGAUCACUGUUUAAUAGCUUUAUGUUAUUCUUCUUAUUACAUACAUGAUACUAUGAUAAACUUCUAUUUCAAAAGCCCAUUUUUAUGACCAAUGUUUUCUUAAAAUUAUAUUGAUAGCUAAAAUGAAUUUUUAUGUUGUGUUAGCAGAUGAAUUUUUGUUUUAAGUAAAAUAUCUUUAUUGGAAUCUAUUUAUUAAAUGGAUAUUUUUGUUUGUAAUGCUUUUGCUCUAAAAAUACAUUUGCUGUUUUGGAUACUUCUAACAUAUAAUCUUUCAUAUUCAGAGUUUGUUUAAAAGUGAUGCUUUAUAUUACAUUUCUUCAGGCUAGGAAUUAACCAUAUCAGAGGAAAACUUGCUAUUGCAUUGACUUAUAUAUAAAUGUAUAGAAUCGUAUUCACUAGUAAAGACUCAAAGGAAUUA